AUUAUCAAACAUACCAAGGAGAUAUCACACAACAAGGGUGAAAUGGUAAGAUUUAUCUUUCUGGUCGUUUUAAACACCUUCUUCAUAACUUUUCAUCACAUUGUGUCCGACGAUAACAUACCGAUCCCACAAGAGAAAGGCCAGGUUCAAAGUUGGUUUGAUGAGAACAUAAAACCGUUGGAAGCGCGGAAAGGGACUCUUGACCCGGCCUUAGAGGCCGCAGAGGCCGAGCCAAAGGUUAUAAGAGUCAUGAAGGCGGGUGGUGGGGAUUUUAAAACGAUUGUCGAAGCUGUCAAUAGCAUUCCGGAAAAAAAUGAUAAAAGAGUUGUAGUGUUUAUCGGGCCUGGAGAAUACACCGAGAAGAUUAAGAUGGAGAGGUAUAAGAAGUUCGUUACGUUCAUGGGGGAUCCCAAAAAUAUGCCUACCUUGAUCUUUAAUGGAAAUGCAGCCAAGUAUACCACAGUAGAAAGCGGCACCUUGACGGUCGAUGGUGAUUAUUUUGUCGCUGCUAAUUUGCAUAUUAAGAAUUCGAGCCCGAGACCUGAUGGUAAAAUACAAGGAGGUCAAGCAGCAGCAAUGAGGAUUGGAGGGGACAUGGCUACAUUUUACAAUGUCAGAUUUUACGGGUUUCAGGAUACAUUCUGCGAUGAUCGCGGUAGGCAUUUCUUCAAAGACUGUUACAUUGAAGGCACUGCUGAUUUCAUCUUCGGUAACGCAAAAUCUAUCUAUCUGGACACUGAAGUGCAUUGCAUUGAUGGAGAAAUACAAUCCUGGAUAACCGCACAUGCUCGUGAAAUGGCGGAAUCAGAAACCGGGUUCGUUUUCGUGCAUUGUCGUGUGACGGGACUCGGGAAAGGGUAUUUCUUAGGAAGAGCAUGGAAGAAGUUUUCAAAGGUGGUGUUUGUUUACUCGGAAUUGGGUCCUAGUGUUGACCCUAAAGGCUGGGAGCCUAAUAAACAGCCUUCACCAGAUGUGAAUCUAUUCUUCGGAGAAUUUGGAAACACAGGACCAGGUGCAGAAAUGAGUGGGAGAGGUUCAUUUGUAAAAAAGCUCAAAUUGGAGGAGGCUAAACCCUUUAUCAGCCUUUCCUACAUUGAGGGUUCUAAAUGGCUUCUUCCCCCUCCAAAACUACCUCAAACAUUGAAGAUCAAGAGAAUAAUAAUCAAAUGUAAGAAUAAGAAGGGUACAAACACAUUAGGUUUGUUUCCUAAUACAUACGCAUUAGGGAAAAAUGCAAUAGGGAAAAUGAUGUAUGCAACAAACUUCACAAAAGGUUAG